AUGAAAAAUCCAUUAUCAAUCCAACCUGUCUCUAAGCCCAUAGAACCAGAAUCCACAACGAAAGAAGAUCUUCAGAAGACUCCAGACAUUUCAUCACCAGAGUUAGUUAUCAUUGAUGACUCUUCUGAAGGAGAAGAUGUUGCACUCACCAGCCCUGUUCAAAUGUCAAAAAGCCACUUUCGGCCUACCAUUGCUAAAGCAAAUGAAAUCAUAGCGAAACUGGCUCCCCCUCCUGUGUCAAUGUUGAGAUCUAAACUUAAGAAGAAGUCUGCAUCUUCUCAGGGGGAAGAAAAGAAACAAGAUUCAUCUCAAAAAGUCUCUAAGAAGAGAAAGAAGAGAUCAAAGAGCUCUAAAAGUUUGAAGAAAUCUCCCUUACCACAAGAACCCAUCCAGGCAGAGCAACUCAACACGAGUUUGACACAAGAACCUGCUACGAUGGAUAAGGGUGCCCAUGAAUCUCAAGUUCUGAAUGACCACUUAAGUCUCCCACAAGAACCUGGCUUGCCAGAAGAGACGAAACAAGUGGUCACUGAUCCAAUCGUUUCAUCCACACCAGCUGUUAAAACAACCCUCCCACAAGAACCUACCAGAGCAGAGCAGAUGGUUUCCAUUUUGACACAAGAACCUGUCAGGGUAGAUGAGGAUGAAUGGGCACAACCUUCGGGUCACUUAAGUCUCCCACAAGAACUUGGUCAACCAGCUGAGAUGAAAGAAGUGACUCCACAGAUUGAAUCAGAAUCGAAAAAUUCUCAACCUGAGCAUACAAUCUUGCAAGAACCAGAUAUACCUGAGAACUCUCGAGCAGUUGUACCCGUACCUGAAGCUGUACCAAUUCCUCCAUCAAAAGAUCUGCUACUUCAACAAUCAAUUGAGAAGGAUUUUAACAGAGUCAUGCAAUGGCAAAAAUGGCGAACUUCUCCUUUACAGUCUUUCCUUGAAACAUUUGAUGAGAUGAAGGAUGAAGAAGAUUUCGCUCUAGAGUGGAUUGGCACAAAAGACGUCUACAACGCACUCCAUCUUGAAACCAUUAACCGUGUAUACUCUUACAAGGUGACCCAUCGCACAUUUGGGAAGGACAAAGCCCCUGUUUGCAAUGAGCUAAAUAAGCCGCUGUUGGACCCAGUAUUUGAAGAAGAAAUGAAAGAAUUCAGAUAUGCUCUUCUUUUGUCUAAAGUCAAGACGGAAUUAGAACGAACUCAUCAGAAUGAUCCUGCUUGUAAUGUCAGUGGAUCCAAAGAUGACGAAGGGAAGGAGAUUGAAGAUGUGGACGAAAGAUCUUCUGACCACGAAAGAAGUGAGGAGGACUCUAAUGCUAAUGGAAAUAAUGGCGACAAUGAUAACAAUGCCAAUGCUGAAGGCCAAGAUAAUGAAGAAGACACUGAAAACGAAAAGAACAAUGACGAAGAUACUGAGAAUGAAGAAACCGAUGAAGAAGAUACAACAAUGAUGACGAUGGCGGAAAUUCGGACUAUGAUAGUGAAUCUCCUAUCCUCGGCAAUACCAUACACACCCGAAAGAUCCCCCGCACCUCGAUCAUCUCCACCUAAGACCAAUUUGUCUCGUGAUCCGUUUCAAUCCAUGCCUCCACCAAGACAAAGAGAAGCAGUUGAAAAUCCAGCUCGUGAUGACAACAAGGAUGCAUCACCUCGUGAUGAAAACCUAGAAGCAUCACCUCAAGCACAACACUUUACAUUUGAACAUAGAAGUGCUCUUCGCACACCUAUGCGUCAAUAUCCCGAUCAAGAGCCAAGCAUCAAGUAUCUUAGCCCAGAGCACAUCAUGCAUCAAGUGUUGAAUGCAUUCUUUAAUGCUAAACUCAUUCAUAAACAAUAUUUGGUUCAUCGAGAAAAAUACAGCUGA